UAUUUUGUAGCAAUGUACACAACAAUCUGAAAUUCGGGUCCAUUGUUUAGUAUUUGCAAUUGAAUACCAUUCGUCUCGGCAGUGCAUUGUACCUACAAAACAUAAACUAACUUAUAACUUCGUAAAUAAUGGGUGGUCAUCACGGAGAACCCUACAAGGUACCGCAUCCUUCCAUCUACAAGGUGGAGAACGUGCCCCAGCUGUUGGAGGUGAAAGAGUCACUUGCCCGCCAGGGACUCAGCGAUCCAUGGCUGAGAAAUGAAGCAUGGCGCUAUGAGAAGAAGGCGUUCGGCACACACGCUUCCCGGCUAAAGACAUUCAUGUUCCGCGGUCUCGGCGUCGGCUUCUGUGCAUUUCUGGUCACCAUUGGUGCUGAGUACGCUUUAGGCAUUGGCAAAGGACAAGGAGGACAUGGCCAUGGUGAUGGACACGAUGAUGGCAAACACCAUUAGUGUGAGAGAGUUUGCAACUUGAGUGCUUGUUUAGUUAAAUAAAAAUGCAAAUGUGAAUGCGCUUUAAUAUUUAAUGAUACGAUA